AUGUCCUCAUGGGAGGAAUUCUUCGACCAGGUGUCCGACGGCGGAUUUUCAAAGCUUUGCGGCGAAACAGAUGCAUCAAGAGAGCCACUCACCGCUGAGGAAAUGGUCAAGUUCAAGGAAUGGGUGUCAACUCAGCCCCGGAUGCCCUCGACACGGGUCACCGAGGCUUGGAUCAAAGCGAACUUGAAUAAGGUAGUGCCAAUCGCCGGUUACACCAAAAUGCUGCUAGAAAUGGUAGUUGCCCAAUUAGCAUCCGAUAGGCAUCUGAGCCUUGGUGGGGGCGAUUUGAAAGUUCCCGGCUUCGGUCUGCCACUGAGUCGUCUCCCAGUUAGUGCUAAGCGGUUCCCCGUUCUCGUCGGAAAUCAGGAUCUUGACUGGAAAGCGAAUACGUUGUUGAUUCGGGAGGCAUGCAUGCUUGAGGUGAUGGAAAUAUUGACCAAUAGGCCCGAGUGGUGGGUCAAGGUGUUUGACUCUGAAAUCACAACAACGUGGAAGACGCAGGUCUUGGGAAUAGACUGGGCCCACUACCUAGAGCACGCAGACUUCACACCCAAUAUGGUAGACCUGUGCAUUAACGAACUACGCACAAAGGCAGCGUUAUACGAGAAAACUGGUCUGAUACCCAUCAUGGACUACUCAGCUUGUGCGAUCAAAUCCGAUAGCCUGAUAUCUGCGGAACUUGCACAAUCCUUGAAAGAUACUGUCAGAUUCCUUGAGGAGGUACCAGAGAAUGAAAAGGACUGGCACCCAGGCAGUGAUAAUAAGGUUCUCGAUUUGGUUCACCCAUCGCUCUAUCCCCUAGCUUACGGCUUAACUCGGGUGCUUGUUGAAAAGAGCAUUGGCAUCUCCGAUGCUCUUGAGCACUGCGGCACAGGAACCAUCCUGCCAAAACCAUACCCUGUCGAGAUCUGCGGUCAACCCGGGCCAUAUGCAGAGACUAAACUACCCUCUCUGUCGGAGAAGUUCCAGUGGUUGCCCUGCGAUGUCGACAUCUCGACGGACGGUGCUGCGAAGAUCGCCAGCUAUAUCAACAACUUACAUCCGAUUCAUCAUGCUGAUAUGUACCCUAUCAUCGAGCGCUUCAUCGAGAAAGCUCUUCCCGCAUGGGACAUUGUAUACCGAUGGCCAACAGAGUUUGAUACUCAGCGUCUCACAACUUCCAAAGUCAGACUCAUGUGCACCACUAAGGACCUUUGCCAUGGACGGAAUCAAUGCAGAGCCUCCACUCGACCUCUCAAUGAUGGAGAGCCAGAGCGGGACGAGGACGAAGAAUGGGAAGAUGGGUAUGAAGAAUCUGUGAGAGGUCAACUGGAUCGAGAAUGGUUUGAGCGCACGCAUCGACCGGACGUCCCUGAUGUUGAUCCAACAAAAGGCACGGUUCGGCUCACGGCAGACCAUGUCAAGAAGAGGGGCUUCUUCAACAGCGCGUCUCGUAUCCAAGUUAUCGUCAAACUCGCUAAUAUUCACUUGAAUCCAAACAACCCAAAGUACGAGGGUGGCGCCUGGCACAUUGAGGGCCAACUCAAUGAACACAUCUGCGCGACGGCUUUAUUCUAUUAUGACAGUGACAAUAUCACAGAAUGUCACUUGGCUUUCCGCACUCGUGCCGAUCGUGAGAAUUUGAUGGGCAAUCUUGACUACGCACAGAACGACGAAGACUCCAUUGAAUGGGCUUUUGCCAUUGAUCCCCAAGGGAAUACCCUGCAGGUUGUUGGCACGGUCCUUACACGCCCUGGGCGGUCUCUGUUCUUCCCUAACGUUUACCAACACCAAGUCUCGUCUUUUGAACUUGCCGAUCCUUCACGAGAGGGUCACCGCAAGAUCCUCGCCCUGUUUCUUGUCGACCCGGCCAUACCUAUCCUCUCUACUUCUAGCGUGCCUCCGCAGCAGAAGCACUGGUGGGCUGAAGCCUCAAAGAUUUAUGCAGGUGGGGGACGUUUGCCUCCCGAGCUGGUAGCCAUGGUAGCAGAUCAUGUAGACUUCCCAAUCACAGAAGAUAAGGCGAAGCAGAUCCGCAGGCAACUGAUGAGGGAGAGGUCGGUACUACAAGAGGAUAUGAACCGGGGCCUCAAUGUAGAAUGGAAUUUCAGUGAGCAUUAG